AUGCCUCUUUACAACGUGACUCUGAAGAAGGACGCUCCCCUCGAGGAGCUUGAGAAGGCCAAGAGCACCGCCCAGGAGAAGGGAGGUGUCAUCAAACACGAGUACAGCCUCAUCAAGGGCUUCACCGUCGAAUACCCCGAGGGCCACGUCGAAUCGCUCGAAUCCACCGACCACAUCCACGUCGAGCAGGAUGGCGAAGUUAAGACCCAGUAG